GAAAUUAUACUAAAUUGAGUGAUGCUAAAGUGAAACCUGAAACUUAAACAGUUCAGCGUCAUUGUUAUUAGACAGGUGGAUGUGUUCUGACAUGUCCACAUAUCAGACAGCUGAGGAAACACUUGCACAGGUUUUUGCAGAGAUUACAGUUGCAGAGAUGCCACGAGGAAAAGCUUGGAUCCCAGGUUGUACCCUGCUUGUGCUGGUCACAUUAUGUGGUCAAACUGCUCACUGCCAAAAUCAGCAGAAAAGUUCUACACAUCUGAAAGACCUGAGACUCAUUCUGGUUGGAAAAACUGGAACAGGAAAGAGUGCUUCUGGAAACACCAUCCUGGGGCGUGAAAAUGCCUUUAAAGAGGAAAUGUCACCUGAGUCUGUGACUAAAGGCUGUCACAGAGAAGAGGUACACGAUGGUGACAGGAACAUUGUUGUAAUUGACAGCCCAGGACUGUUUGACACAAGCGAAACACAAGAAGACCUGAAAGUGAAAAUUGAGGAAUGUAUUAAACAGUCAAGUCCUGGACCCCAUGCUUUUCUGUUAGUGAUCAGUCUAAAGUCAAGAUUCACAGAAGAAGAGAGGGCAACUGUGAAGUGGAUCCAGGAUAAUUUUGGCUCAGAUUCUUCCAUGUAUACCAUAGUCCUGUUUACCCACGCUGACUCGCUAGAAGGUAAAUCUGUGGAAGACUUUGUGGCUGAGAGCAAACAUCUACAAAGACUGAGAAACGAGUGUGGAGGAAGAUACCAUUCACUCAUCAAUGACAAGAGACGAAGCAGAAUCCAGGUCAGAGAACUUCUAGAGAAGAUUGAGGAAAUGGUGAAGUCCAAUGGAGGAAGCCACUACACCAAUGAGAUGUACCAGAGAGCCCAGGAGAAAAUUGAGGAGGAGGAGAGGAAAAAGAGGGAGGCAAAUAGUUCUUGGUGUAGAAAGUUAUCUCUUGCUUCUCUGGCAAUUCUUAGCGCAGGAGGAUAUUUCUCCUCACCUGUUCUCAAGGUAGUAGGCGGAGUACUUAGUGGGCUGACGGCUUAUAAUUGCACAGUGUAGUUGUGGGACCUGUAUCAAAAAGAAAAUAUAGAAAAGGCAAUAAAUAUUGGCUAAGCCUGAAACAAGUAAUCACCUGUACUAAGAUGCCUGUUAACUAAAUCUUAAACUGAAAUAUCAGUGUGCAUGCUUUGUUUGUUAUUGGGAAUUAGGAAUGUGUUAUAUACACACAUAUAUAUCGUUUCUCUAUAUGUGAUGGUGUGGGCCACAACAUAUUUUCAAUAAAAUCUGAACUUCA